UGAAAAAUAUAGAGAGUACGAACUGUGGCGGCCAGAGCCAUGGCAGGACAGGCAUUUAGAAAGUUUCUGCCCCUCUUUGACUGUGUAUUGGUUGAAAGGUGUGCUGCAGAAACUGUAACCAAAGGAGGCAUUAUGCUUCCAGAAAAAUCUCAAGGAAAAGUAUCGCAAGCAACUGUAGUAGCUGUUGGAUUGGGCUCCAAAGGAAAGGGUGGAGGGAUUCAACCAGUUCACUUGAAAGUUGGAGAUAAAGCUCUUCUUCCAGAAUAUGGAGGAACCAAAGUAGUUCUAGAUGACAAGGAUUAUUUCUUAUUUAGAGAUGGUGACAUUCUCGGAAAGUAUGUAGACUGAAAUAAGUCACUAUUGAAAUGGCAUCAUGUGAUGCAGCCCAUUCCUUUGAAGUACUGAAAUCUUUCAUCAUGUAAAUAAUUUCCAUGUCUCUUUUAUAAUAAACGAAUGAUAUCCAAAGUAAUGACA